UGACGCGGCAGGCAGGAUGGGGCGGAGCAGAGUGAUCUGAGCGCCGGGAGAUUCGAUCCCUGACCCGCGGUUUCUCUAUAACGCUCCUGGAAGUAAACCCUGGUAAAAACUCACAGAAAAACGGACCUUUUUAAGUUGUGUGUUAGCAGUGGAGCCAUGAUGUUACUGUGUGCCAUUAUCAAGCGGGGGAUCUGCGGCUGUUAAACCCUCACUUUCCACAGAUGGAGGCCAUGGAGGUGGACUCCUCGCUCAUCAUCCUGGACUCCGGCAGCAGCACGGAGGUGGACGAAGACGAUGAAGAUGAAGUUGAUCAGAGAGAACAGGCGACGGCUCGAUCUCCUCCCAGACUUCCUGCCACCUGGGCCUUCAGCCAGAGGGCGGUGGGAUCAGCUGCUCAAGGGGGUCCCAUGCGCAGGAGACUCAGGCAGGGUCUCAGGGUGCAUUACCCCAGCCAGACUGCAGCGCCCUCUAGAGGAUUUCCAGACUUCCUGCUGCGAGCUCCAGCUGCCUCGGCGGCUGAGCCGGGCUCCGGCAGCACCACGGAGAUCAGCGAGUCUGAGGAGGAGGAGGAGGAAGACGGGGGGGGUCAGGGAGCUGCUCUGGAGCCCCUCGACCCCCUAGUGUUGCCUGCUAGCCCUCGUCUUAACGCCCAGCACACACAACCCCAGGAAGCAGCUCCAAACAAUUCAAGUUCAGCUGCAGACGGUGAGAGGACGCAAGCUGAACAUCAAGACAUACAGCCGCUCCUCGCUCCCCCGGCUCCCGCCCCCUCGUCUUCGCAGGGAGAAGAAGGCGACGUCUGCUCCGUCUGCUUCGAGCCGUGGACGACAGCAGGCGAGCACCGACUCUCAGCCCUGCGCUGCGGACACCUGUUCGGGUUCACCUGCAUCACGCGCUGGCUCAAAGCUCAGGGGUCCGCCGCCAAAUGUCCGCAGUGCAACAAGAAGGCGAAGCGGUCGGACAUCGUUCUGCUCUACGCGCCCAAACUGAGAGCGCUGGACAACUCUGAGCAGGAGAUCUUAAAGAAGUCUCUGGAGCAGGAGCAGUCUCUGAGGAGGAAGGCUGAACUGGAGUCAGCUCAGUACAAACUGAAGCUGCAGGUCGUCACCAACAAAUACGGACAAGCACAACAAGAGCUGCAGGAACUCAGGGCUAUGAUGGCUGGUCGAGUCCCAGUUUACUCUUCCUCCUCCUCCUCUUCCUCGGCCUCCUCCUCGCUCCUCCUCGGCCUCUCUCAGAGCUCCAGGUCGGCGCAGUAUGUUUUCUCCAAAGCGAUUCUGGUGUCUAUGGCCGGAGGGUCCAGAGUUCUGUCGUACUGCGAGCCUCUGAGCUGCCUGCUGGCCUCGCAGCCCUCCCCCCACUCCACUCUGGUGCCAGGCUGUGGGGUGAAGAAGGUGAGCGUGGUGAACAUGAAGGCCAGUCAGUACGUUCCCAUCCACAGCAAACAGAUCCGAGGUCUGUCCUUCAACAGACAGAACGACAGCUUGCUGCUUUCUGCGGCUCUGGACAACACCAUCAAACUGACCAGUCUGCUCACCAACACGGUGGUUCAGACCUAUAAUGCCGGUAAGCCCGUGUGGAGCUGCUGCUGGUGUUUGGAUAACAGUAACUACGUCUACGCCGGGCUGAGCAACGGCUCCGUGCUCGUCUACGACACCAGAGACACCAGCACACACGUGCAGGAGCUGCAGCCUCUACGCUCCAGGUGUCCGGUGGCGUCUCUGUGCUACGUCCCGCGGGCGGCCUCCAGCUCGUUCCCGUGCGGCGGUUUGAUCGCCGGCUCUCUGGAGGGCGGGUGUUUUUGGGAGCAGGUGAACGAGACCACCUACAGACCUCACCUGUUGCCCCUGGAGACGGCCGGCUGCACCGACAUCCAGGUGGAGACGGAGAGCCGCCACUGCCUCGUCACCUACAGGCCAGGCCGCUCCAACCCCUCUCUGCGCUGCGUGCUGAUGUCUCUGACGCGCACCCCCCAGCAGGAUUCCUCCGCGCUGCCGCAGGUCUCCGUCUCUCCGCUGCAGAGCUUCAGCGCCGGCCCCUCCUGUAAACUCCUCACCAAGAACGCUGUGUUCAGGAGCCCCGGAGGAGCGGGGGGGCUGGUCUGCGCCGGGGACGAGGCCUCCAACUCCACCAUGGUGUGGGAUGCCAGCAGUGGUUCUUUGCUUCAGAAGCUUCCGGCAGAUCUCCCGGUUUUGGACAUUUCUCCGUUUUCUGUGAACGGCGAGCACUUCCUGGCAUCGCUCACCGAGAAGAUGCUGAAGCUCUACAGGUGGGAGUGAACAGGAGGGACACACACACACACACACACACACGCACAGGACGCAGUGUGUGUGUGUGUGGAGAAAUCCAAUGCUGCUUAAACUUUUAUCUGCAAAGACGAGCAGAACAAACGGAGUGAUCGACCCGAGGGAAAACCUUUUUUUAUUUUUUUUGUAUACUUUUUCCACUUCCACAUUUCUAACAGGUGUGAUGAUGAAUGCAGUCAGGUGUGAGAUACCUGGACAGGUGAGGAGAGUCUCCCCUAAAGGAAGCGAUCAUAUUGUGUUUACAUGAGUCUAACGUCAGAUUAUAAAAGUACACGAGUCCUUUUUUAUGUUCAGAUGUUUCUCUCCGCUGCUAAAGAAGUCCAGGUGGAUCAAACUCGGCUGAAUCGACAAACUCAAGAUUCAUUUUGUCCGUUUUUUUUAUCUGGCGGAGGUGGGACUCGCAUGAAGCAGUGAAAUGAAGUGAGUGUGUGUGUUGCUCGACAUCUACAAAUCAUGUGCACUUUUUUUUACGACCGUUUUCAGGCCGACUUUUGUUCAAUGUUUUGCGUCCAUUCAGCAUGAAACUUCAAAUCGAUCCAUCACAGUGAACGUCAAGUGCAGAGAUGCAACUAACUAUUAUUUUGACAUGGAGAUUAAUUUCUUAAUUAAUUUGCACAUUUUUGGGUGAAAAAGUCUCGAUUUGAUGGAUAUUUUUUGGGGUUUUUCCCUGUAAAUGUGUGAUUUAAACCUCAUAACAUUUCAAUUUUGUUCCUCUUAAAUUUGCUUAAGAAUAUCAACAAAUUACACCUAAAUUUACCAUUUGAAUAUUGAGCUUUCCUCAGAAUAUAACCCCUUUUUCCCAGCCACAAAACGCCUCGAACCUUUAAGAAAUACAUAGAAACUGGUGGGAAACGGAGAGAAGAAGCAUCACUAAUAUGUUGCUGACACAUGAUUUGUAGCAUAAGAGGUAAACAUGUCCCACAGGUAUAAUCCUCCUGGUUUCCCCGAUUAAAGGCCAUCACCACUGGUUUACCCUCAGCUGUACAUCUCCAUCACUACUGAUCAUUUCCAAAUCAUCGCUGCUUUUCUAAAUAAUCUAAAACAUUUGCCCUAAAUCUAUUUUUCCUGGAUUUAAUGACACAUGUAGCUGCUUGUAUAACUGAGUUUUGUGAUUUCCGAUGGUCCCUGAACCGUGUAAGACAGUGAGAGAGAGACAGAGACAGAGACAGUGUGAGAGAGAGAGAGAGAGAGAGAGAGAGAGAG